GGUGGUGUUCAGUGGGAGGCUCGGUGGUCGGCAGCUGCAGAUCUUCAGGAACACAAGGUUGUCUCUGCUGCACAGCCCCUUCAGAGUAGUUGACAGAGGAUUAUAUUUCUCAAAGAACUCAUUCAGGCUGUUGUUCAUUCAAUGCUGAACUGACUGAUAGAGCCACCUAUGGAGACACCGGAGAAGACUUAACUCAGCCAAGACAGGCCACGCUCAUGGGCCAAUGCUGCGCUGUCACAUCUCAUCCGGAGCACACACCAACCACAAGUAUGUACCGCGGAGGGCUGUCCUUUACGUGCCCGGGAACGAUGAAAGAAAACUCCAGAAGAUACCCAAUCUCCGUGUAGAUUGUGCUGUACUCGACUGUGAAGAUGGAGUUGCAUUAAACCGAAAGGAAGAUGCAAGGCAGACAAUCGCGAAGAUGCUCAGUCAACCUCAGGUGGGGCACACAGACCUGUGCAUCCGGAUCAACUCUGUCUCAAGUGGCCUCGCUGAGCUCGAUAUGGAAGCUAUUUUACCCUCUAAAGACCGCCCUCCAACCUUGAUGCUCCCCAAAGUUGAAAACACCGAAGAAAUAAAAUGGUUUGCAGACACAUUUGCAAAAUACUCCAAGGGUCAGCCUGUAAAGGAGCCAAUGAAUUUAAUCACUUUUGUGGAGACCGCAGUUGGUUUGCUGAAUUUCAAGGAUGUAUGUCAAGAAGCACAACGUCUUGGAGCCUCUGCUGGUUUCCUACUUGAUGGAGUGGUAUUUGGAUCAGAUGACUUCUGUGCCAGUAUAGGUGCUACAAGGACUGAAGAUGCUUGGGAACUUCUAUAUGCAAGGCAAAAGGUCGUUGCAACAGCAAAGGCUUUCGGUCUGCAAGCCAUAGAUCUGGUUUAUAUUGACUACAAGAAUGAGAAGGGCCUAAGCAAGCAGUCAAGAGAGGGUGCCCUGAUGGGGUUCACUGGUAAACAAGUGAUCCACCCCGAACAAAUUCCAAUCGUGCAAGAAGCCUUUUCUCCAAGUGCCGAGAGGAUAAAAUGGGCCUUGGAAUUGAUUGAGGCUUUUGAAGAACAUCAAAAACUGGGAAAGGGAGCCUUCACCUUUCAUGGAAGUAUGAUCGACAUGCCAUCUCUGAAACAAGCCCAAAACGUUGUCACGCUGGCCAGGGCCAUCAAGGAAAUGUGAAAGCUGAAAGAAUUGGUUUUGUACAAUAUAUCACUGGCAGAUGCAGUGGAAAAAAAAUAAACAGAAGGAGAAAGACUGAGAGAGAGAGAGACAGACAGACAGACAGAAACCGAUUUCUUGUGUGAAAUGUUGAAGAGGUCACUGCAACACUGAUUAUAUUUUAAUUAUAUGACAUCUUAAAACUCACACUAUUGUAAUUUAAAAAUAAGCAUAUUGUUUAAUCUCUCAAAUACUAUCAUCAUAUGUGAUUGUCUCAACCUAGCAUUCCUACUGAGCACGUAACUGAAGCCAGUAACUUCACAGUGUAUAGUUCGGGUCCGUGAGAUAGGAAAAGCCUUGGUCAUUUUUUCAGAUGCAGCAAUCGGAGGCGGAAUGUACUGGAAUUUCUGUGGACAUCUGUAGUUUCUGCAUCACAUUAAAAUCACUGCUUCUGA